AAGGUUUGUAAAUUCUAAUGAUACUGCUAGUGCUAGGAAUGGGGAUUUCUCUACAAGCCUUUUUACCAGAUGAAAGAACUGCAGGUUGUUUGAGCAACAACUGAAUAGAGGAAAUAUACAGUCAACAAUGUAAAGUAAAUGCGGGAAUGAGAAAAAUAAACAGCACAAUGAAGUCGUGUUGAUUUGUACGUCAGAAUUAAGGAAAGACUGUCGAGUGUAUGUAACGUCAUCUAAAUAUUUGAACGGUUGUCGCGUAGUGUUUGCUCAAUGUGUGUUCACAGCUUGGGGUUUAUAGCCCGUUGGAUAGAGACAGUCGCUCAUGUCAGUCAUAUCAUUAAACCGGAAUCGGACGUCAAGAUCACCAACACCACAUCAGUAAGGAGUUCGAUUAGAUUUUAAACAAUGAAGAUUAUAAGAGGAGGAGAAUUUUAGUCUCGAAAAAAUUAUUAUCAGUUGAAGAAAAGAAGGUUGUAUUGUUUAGUCACUCCCAGUGUUACGAGGGACUUGAAGUGUUUAGACCUAACUCAUCAAUGUAUGUAUGAAUGGACAAACCUGUGUUAUCAAAGAGUUGGGAUUAGUAUAGAGAACACCAAGUAAAGGUUAUAUCAUCUUCUGGACUACAUAAAGGAUCUAAUUUCCUGAAUCCUUUAAGAUUAUGAAGGAGCUUGGAUAUACCGAGGUGUUACCACCUACUACACAGUUUCUACCAGCUAAAGUAGCCCAGCCACCCAAAGAUGCCAUCAAAACAUUUUCACAUACAAAACGAGUUGGAAAUUAUCUUCUGGGUAAAACUCUUGGAGAAGGAUCAUUUGCUAAAGUUAAAGAAGCUCUACACGUACCUACAGGAGAAAAGGUUGCCAUCAAAGUUAUUGACAAGAAGCGAGCUAAAGCCGACUCGUACGUGAGAAAAAAUUUAAGACGAGAAGGAAAGCUACUUCAAAUGGUUCGUCACCCUAAUGUCGUGAAAUUGUUGGAAAUCAUGGAAACAGAGAACAGUUAUUAUUUGGUGACUGAAUUAUGUCAGGGUGGCGACUUCAUGGAUUAUAUUUGUAAGAAAAAGAAACUAGACGAGAAAGAGGGCAAAAAAUACGUUCGCCAAAUUGUUUCGGCUGUAGAUUAUUUACACAGAUUAGGCAUUUUACACAGAGAUUUGAAGAUAGAAAAUCUUUUGUUAGAUUCCAAUAAAGAUAUUAAGAUUAUCGAUUUUGGAUUGAGCAAUUCUAUCAAAGUUUCAAUGGGCACAGACGGAACAAUUCAUCCUCAAGAAUUUUGCGUUACCCAAUGUGGAAGUCCAGCAUAUGCAGCACCAGAGUUAUUAAGUCAUCAAAAGUAUGGGCCCCAAGUUGACGUUUGGAGCAUGUAA